AUGCGUACGGUACCGGCUACGACGGUCAUCUUGCUAGCAACCCUGGGCAUCACAGUCACGGGGCCCCGGUGGUGGGGUGCAACCGCCUCGUCCUCGUCGAUACCGCUGGUCCAUCACCACCAGAGCCACGCGACGUACGACGGCCACUGCCGGCAGCCGGGUCCUCUGGGCCUGCUGGCGGGCCGGCUGCAGGAGUGGCAGCUGAGUGCCAGCUCGACGCGACAGCCCGAAUGCCAGCUGCGCUACGCCCGCGUGCUCGAGCUGGCCUCGCGCGGUGCCUGGUGUCCCGCCAAGGACGCCGACACAGAGUGGAUACAGGUGGACCUGGGCGCGGACGCUAAGAUCACGGGACUGCUGUCCCAGGGCCGUGGCGACGGACGUGAGUGGGUUUCUUCGUUCGCCGUGUCGUACAGCAUGGACGCCUACCACUGGAAACACUGCCUUGACGCCCACGGGAACAAAAAGGUGAGGCCAUGA